AAUACUUUUAGUUUAAACAGUUAGAAUUUAAUUUUAAACUUUUAGUAUACAUCGACAUACUUUAUUCCCCAAAUCUGGGAAUUUUGCCAAUAAUCUAUCGCACUUAUCUUUCCCAUAGCCGGAGUUGUGAGACGCUAGAGUGCAGUGACAUCAGAGAUCUCCACCUCUUAGUUCUACAAGCAAGUCAAUUGAAGCUCUAUUUUUCAAUUUCGGAGCUCCAAUUAAGAAAAUAUGGGUCGUUCUCGGGCCGUACAUCAAUCCGCCGAUGAUGAUCCAAGUCAGAGGUCAAAGAGAAAAAGGACAGUACCAAAUGUGGAGAAUUUUGAUACUGCAGCUGCUGGCCAAGUAUUGAGCGACGGCAAAAAAGCUUUGUACCAUUGCAAUUAUUGCAAUAAAGACAUCUCUGGAAGGAUUCGAAUUAAAUGUGCUGUGUGCUCUGACUUUGAUCUUUGUGUGGAAUGCUUUUCUGUUGGAGCAGAAGUGCAACCUCACAAAAGCAAUCAUCUGUAUAGGGUUAUGGAUAACCUGUCAUUUCCUCUUAUAUGUGCUGACUGGAAUGCAGAUGAGGAAAUGUUACUUCUAGAGGGCAUGGAAAUGUACGGAUUGGCAAACUGGGCUGAAGUUGCAGAACAUGUUGGAACAAAAAGUAAAUUGCAGUGUAUUGACCAUUAUAAUACCAUAUAUAUUAAUUCUCCUUGUUUUCCGCUUCCGGACAUGUCUCACGUUAUGGGAAAGAGCAGAGAGGAACUUCUCGCCAUGGCCAAGGAGCAAGGAUAUGCUGCUCCCCAGGAAGUGAAUGUUAAAGAAGAGUCUCCAUUCUCUGCAAGAAUCAAGAUGGAAGAUCAACGGGAAGAAAAUUCAGCUGGACUUGCCUCAGUUGGAGGUUCUGCUUCUGGUACAUUGACAGGAGCUGGAAAGAGGACAUCUGGCGUACUCCAUAGUAAGGAGAAUCAUGAUAGCAUCAAAGUGGAAGGUUGUCCUGCAGACAGGAGUGUUGGAGAGAAAAAGCCUAGACCUGCAAUGGAUGAGGGGCCUUCUAUGACAGAAUUGAGUGGUUAUAAUUCCAAGAGAGGGGAGUUUGAAAUUGAAUACGAUAAUGAUGCUGAGCAGAUGCUGGCUGAUAUGGAAUUUAAAGAGACAGAUAGCAACGCUGAACGUGAACUGAAACUGCGGGUAUUGCAUAUAUACUAUAAAAGGCUUGAUGAGAGGAAACGUAGGAAGGACUUUAUUUUGGAAAGAAAUCUACUUCAGCCUGACCCUUUCGAGAAAGACCUCACCCCGGAGGAGAAGGACAUCUGCCGUUGCUACAGGGUGUUCAUGCGUUUUAAUUCAAAAGAGGAGCAUGAGGAUUUCCUGAGGAGCAUCAUUGAGGAGCACCGGAUGGUAAAACGAAUACAAGAUCUUCAGGAUGCCCGAGCUGCUGGUUGCCGAACUUCAGCUGAGGCUGAAAGAUAUAUUGAACAAAAGAGAAAGCGGGAAACUGGAGAAAAUUUGCUUAGACUAAAGGAGAACUCCCAGAGUGGCCCAAGUGGCAAAUAUUUGCAAAGAGCAGGUCACUUUAAAGUGGAGCAUAACAGCAGCCCCAGAGGAGUUGCUACAGGCCCUGAAAUACUGGAUUCUUGUUACAAGGACUUAUCAUCAACCACCGCACCACAUGGUGUUGGAAGUGCUUUAGACGUUUGGGACGUCAGUGGCUUUUUCGGGGCUGAGUUACUCUCAGAAGCUGAAAAACAGCUUUGUGAUGAGAUCAGAAUCCUGCCGGCUCAUUAUCUAAACAUGUUGCAGACCAUGUCUAUGGGGAUCUUGAAUGGCAACAUCACCAAGAAAUCUGAUGCUCAUGGUCUGUUCAAUGUUGAUCCGAAUAAGUUGGACAAAGUGUAUGAGAUGCUUGUUAAAAAGGGCAUUGCUCAAGCAUAAUAUUGCUACUUCUCAGGUUCAAGCAUGCUUUCACUACUUAGUACCAAAGUGGCAUGGCUGACUUCUAUGCUUGAAUUCUUCCAAACUAUCUAAAGCUUUACGUUAGAAUGAAGGUUACCGAAGACAUUGCUGUUCGAUGGUAUCGCGUACUUGCAGCGGGAAGAAAAGCCAUGCAGUAGAACUCCAUUUAUAGUGUUAACGUUGUAAAUAUGAGGGUCGUAACACUAGUUUUUUACAGUGUUCCCUUUAGCAUUGUAAUUAUUAUGGCUUUGUCAGUUAUCUGUCCGGAAGAAAAGUAGUGUGUUGGAAAUGUAUGCUGUUGUUUGAGGCAUGCGUAUACGUGAAGUUAAUACAUCAAAUUAGAUUUAAGAAUAAUUUGCUGGUUAAAAGCUAAUUUUAACACAUGUUUCUUUUGUAUUAUUAUUUUUA